CGCCUCGGGGAGACGCGGCCCCGCCGAGCCCGGGCGGAGGUGGCGGCGGCCGGGCGUGAGGGGAACGCUGUCCCCGCUGCCCCCUCACGGCUUCCCGCCGCCCCCUCACGGCUUCCCGCCGCCCCCUCACGGCUUCCCGCCCCGUCCCGCGACAGCCCUGUUACAUCCGCUCUGAUCCAUCUGCUCCCCAUUGGAAAGCACAAGCCCGGCAGGAGGGAGGAGCAGUGUGCAGGCUCGCCUUUGUGGGCACCAGCCGCCGUACGAACGCCGCCGCUGUUGGACACGAGGAUAAAAAACUUGAACAUGCCUCGUAGCCCAACAUCAAGCGAAGAUGAAAUGGCACAAAGCUUUUCUGACUAUUCUGUUGAAUCUGAAUCAGACAGCUCCAAAGAAGAAACUAUUUAUGACACAAUUAGAGCAACUGCAGAAAAGCCAAGCAGCAGAAUGGAAGACAGUCAGAGCAACACAUUAGUGAUUCGAAUUAUAAUACCUGAUUUGCAGCAAACGAAAUGCAUUCGGUUUAACCCAGAAGCUUCAGUGUGGGUUGCAAAGCAACGAAUCUUGUGUACUUUGAAUCAGAGUUUGAAAGAUGUCCUGAAUUAUGGACUGUUCCAGCCUGCAAGCAAUGGUAGAGAUGGGAAGUUUUUGGAUGAGGAACGACUUCUUAGGGAAUACCCACAGCCAGUGAAUAAAGGAGUACCUUCACUAGAGUUUCGAUACAAGAAAAGAGUGUACAAACAAUUCAAUCUUGAUGAAAAACAGCUGGCCAAGCUUCAUACGAAGGCUAAUUUGAGAAAAUUUAUGGAUCAUGUCCACCAUCUCUCAGUGGAAAAAAUCACAAAGAUGUUGGACAGAGGACUGGACCCAAACUAUCAUGACCUAGAAAGUGGAGAAACACCCCUGACUUUGGCAGUUCAGCUUGACAAUACAGUAGAAGUGAUAAAAGCUCUGAAAAAUGGUGGAGCACAUUUGGACUUCAGAGCCAAAGAUGGAAUGACAGCUCUGCACAAAGCAGCCAGAGCCAAGAACCAAGUAACCCUCAAGACCCUUUUAGAGCUUGGAGCAUCUCCUAACUACAAAGACAGCUGUGGCCUGACACCGCUGUACCACACUGCUAUUGUGGGAGGGGAUCCUUACUGCUGUGAGCUGUUACUUCAUGAACACGCGACGGUGAGCUGCAAAGAUGAAAAUGGAUGGCAAGAAAUUCACCAGGCUUGCCGAUAUGGACACGUCCAACAUCUAGAGCACCUCCUCUUCUACGGUGCCGAUAUGUGUGCGCAGAACGCCUCGGGAAACACAGCGCUGCACAUCUGUGCCCUGUACAACCAGGAGAGCUGUGCAAGGGUGCUGCUGUUCCGGGGAGCCAACAAGGAGAUCAAGAAUUACAACAGCCAGUCUCCAUUUCAGGUGGCUAUAAUAGCGGGAAAUUUUGAGCUCGCUGAAUAUAUCAAGAAUCACAGGGAAGCUGAUAUCGUGCCCUUUAGGGAGGCUCCCACCUAUUCAAACAGAAGGCGGAGACCCCCAAGCACCUUAGCAGCGCCUCGGAUCUUGCUUCGUUCCAACAGUGACAACAAUUUGAACAUCAACAACCUCCCUGAGUGGUCAGCCUCCUCCUCUGCUUCUUCACACCGCAGCCUUUCACCUCAUCUACUUCAACAGAUGCAGAAUAAUCCUAAUGGAACUGUAAAAACUGUGGGGAGUUACACUCCAUCCUCCCGGAGCCGGUCGCCAUCCCUAAACAGGCUGGGAGAGGAUGCCAAACGGCAGCAGCACAGGCACAUCAGUGCCGUUUACAAUCCUAGUGCCAACAAGGAUACUCUGUCUGCCUUGGAUUAUCAGGGUCCAAAACGCAAGCUUUACAGUGCUGUACCUGGAAGACUUUUUAUUGUCGUGAAGCCAUAUCAACCUCAAGGAGAAGGGGAAAUUCAUCUGCACAAAGGAGAUAGAGUUAAAGUUUUAAGCGUCGGUGAAGGCGGAUUCUGGGAAGGCAGCACCCGGGGACAUAUCGGCUGGUUUCCUGCAGAAUGUGUUGAAGAAGUUCAGUGUAAACCAAAUGAAAGCAAACCAGAAACACGAACAGAUAGAACAAAGAAACUGUUUCGACACUACACAGUUGGAUCCUAUGACAGCUUUGAUGCUUCAAGUGACUGCAUAAUAGAAGAAAAGGCAGUGGUCCUGCAGAAAAAAGACAAUGAAGGAUUUGGAUUUGUGCUCAGAGGGGCAAAAGCUGACACACCAAUUGAAGAAUUCACCCCAACUCCAGCCUUUCCUGCUUUGCAGUACUUGGAAUCUGUGGAUGAAGGGGGAGUAGCAUGGCAAGCUGGCCUGAGAACUGGAGACUUUUUGAUCGAGGUUAAUAAUGAGAAUGUAGUGAAAGUUGGCCACAGGCAGGUGGUGAACAUGAUCCGACAAGGGGGCAAUCACCUAGUUCUUAAGGUUGUCACAGUAACCAGGAAUCUUGAUCCAGAUGACACAGCAAGAAAGAAAGCCCCACCACCUCCUAAGCGAGCUCCAACCACUGCACUGACCUUACGGUCAAAGUCAAUGACCUCAGAGCUUGAAGAGCUUGAUAAGGUGGAUGAAAUAGUACCAGUUUCCAAGCCAUCAAGAAUUGCAGACAAUGCAACUGUGGACUCAAGAGUGGCAACUAUUAAACAGCGGCCUUCUAGUAGAUGUUUUCCCUCAGCUACAGAUAUGAAUUCCAUGUAUGAGAGACAGGGUAUUGCUGUGAUGACGCCCACUGUACCAGGGAGUCCUCAAGGUCCUUUUCUGGGUAUACCUCGGGGUACAAUGAGAAGACAAAAAUCUAUAGGAAUAACAGAGGAAGAACGGCAGUUUUUGGCUCCUCCUAUGCUGAAGUUUACCAGAAGUCUUUCAAUGCCCGACACCUCUGAAGACAUCCCACCACCACCACAGUCCUUACCUCCUUCACCACCACCACCUUCUCCCUCUCUGUACAACUCUCCCAAAUCCCCGACAUCGAGGAGCUAUGGAACUAUUAAGCCUCCGUUUAAUCAGAAUUCAGGUUCAAAAAUUUCUUUGGUUAGGCCUGAGAAUGUGGGAACAAUGAUAAGGGACAAAGGGAUCUAUUACAGACGAGAACUGGACCGAUACUCUCUGGACUCGGAAGACCUGUACAGUCGGAGUGCCGCAUCUCAGGCAAAUUUCAGGAACAAGAGGGGUCAGAUGCCAGAAAACCCAUAUUCUGAGGUUGGGAAGAUUGCAAGCAAAGCAGUUUAUGUGCCGGCCAAACCGGCGAGGCGGAAGGGGAUGCUGGUGAAACAAUCCAAUGUUGAAGACAGUCCGGAGAAGACCUGCUCUAUUCCAAUCCCAACAAUUAUUGUGAAAGAGCCAUCCACCAGCAGCAGUGGGAAAAGCAGCCAAGGGAGCAGCAUGGAAAUCGAUCCUCAGUCCUCAGAGCAACCUGGUCAACUCCGACCCGACGAUAGCUUAGGUGUCAGCAGCCCGUUCGCAGCAGCCAUUGCUGGAGCAGUGAGGGACAGGGAAAAGAGGCUGGAAGCAAGGCGUAAUUCCCCAGCCUUCCUCUCCACAGACCUAGGAGAUGAGGAUGUUGGACUAACACCACCAACACCACGUAUGAGGCAAUCUAAAUUUACCGAUGAAGCAAUGUUUAGUAGUGAAGAUGGUUUUAGACAGCUUAUGUCUCCAUCUCCGAUUCCCGCGCCUAGAGAGCCUGAAAAUCUUUUUAAUAGCAGUGAACCCAGCAAUCAAAGUGAUUCAAGGACAUUAAACGCUUCGUCCAAAACGAAAGGUACGGAAAACAGUACAGUGGCAGCUAAGUCCACGAAUGCAUCCAGCUCAGAUAAUUACGUUCACCCGGUCACAGGAAAGCUACUAGAUCCAAACUCACCGCUAGCCCUCGCUCUCUCUGCCAGGGACAGAGCCAUGAAAGAACAAACACAGCAGAUUCCGGGCAAAGGAGACGCCGUUAAAGCUGACCUUAAUAAACCACUUUACAUCGAUACAAAGCUGAGACCCAAUAUUGAAACGACUUUUCCUGUUACUGCUACCGUCACUAGGCAAAAUACUCGCGGCCCAUUGAGACGGCAGGAGACUGAGAACAAGUAUGAAGCAGAUGCAGGGAAAGAAAAGAAAGCUGAGGAGAAGAAAAACAUGUUGAUAAACAUUGUGGACACUUCGCAGCAAAAGUCAGCUGGCUUGUUAAUGGUUCAUACUGUGGACACAGCAAAGUCAGAUGAUACGCCCGAAGAUGAAGAAGAAAAGAGAGCUGAAAUGGAACCGAACCCGGAAAACUCGCCGCCAGAGAGGCCAGAGGGGACCGAGGAAGCGGAAAGUGAGCUGAAUGUGCCUGCUGCGCCCGAGCCACCGGCAUCUCCCUGCAAAACCAUCGUAGCAGCGAGCUCUGUCGAUGACCCUGUCAUCUUGCCGUUCCGCAUCCCUCCGCCACCCUUAGCAUCAGUUGAUAUUGAUGAAGAGUUUAUUUUUACUGAGCCACUACCACCCCCCUUAGAGUUCGCCAACAGCUUUGACAUCCCCGAUGACCGCGCGGCUCCGGGGACGGCUCUAACAGACUUGAUUAAGCAAAGGAAAAAUGGCACGCCUUCACCCGCACCAUUUGCCCCCAGCCAGUCAACAAAUUCCUUAGACAGUAAAAAGCAAGUGGGUCUUUCAAACUGUUUGCCUGCCUCCUUUCUGCCACCCCCUGACAGCUUUGAUAACGUCACUGACUCUGGGAUUGAGGAGGUAGACAGUCGAAGUAGUAGUGACCAUCACUUAGAGACAACCAGCACUAUCUCAACGGUGUCCAGCAUCUCUACCUUAUCCUCGGAAGGGGGGGAGAACGUGGAUACUUGUACCGUCUAUGCAGAUGGGCAAACAUUUCUGGUGGACAAACCCCCAGUACCUCCUAAGCCAAAAAUGAAGCCCAUAAUCAACAAAAGCAAUGCACUUUACAAGGACGCGCUAAUUGAAGAAACUGUAGACAGCUUUGUUAUUCCUCCUCCCGCUCCGCCCCCACCUCCGAUCAGCGCACAGCCCAAUAUGGCUAAAGUUGUUCCCCAAAGGACAUCUAAGCUAUGGGGUGACGUGACGGAGGUGAAAAGCCCAAUUCUCUCAGGCCCAAAGGCUAAUGUUAUUAGUGAAUUGAACUCAAUACUCCAGCAAAUGAACAGAGAGAAAUCCUCAAAGCCAGGGGAAGGAUUGGAGUCACCUACUGGAACAAAAGCUGCAAGUCUCAGUACAAGGAGCACGGAAGUCAUGAGUACUGUCUCAGGUACACGAAGUACAACAAUCACUUUUACUGUCCGACCUGGAACCAGCCAGCCGAUCACACUGCAGAGCAGGUCCCCAGACUAUGACAGUAGGACCUCAGGAGCAAGACAUGCUCCAAGCCCUGUGGUUUCACCAACAGAGAUUAAUAAAGACAUCAUGCCUGCUCCUCUGACUGCUUCUGCUUCAGUUUCAUCUCCUUCUCCGACUUUGUCCGAUGUAUUUAGCCUACCCAGCCAGCCCCCUUCUGGGGACUUAUUUGGCUUGACCACAGGGCGCAGCAGGUCUCCUUCUCCCUCAAUAUUACAACAGCCAAUCUCAAAUAAGCCUUUUACAACUAAGCCUGUCCACCUGUGGACUAAACCAGAUGUGGCAGAUUGGUUGGAAAGUCUAAACUUAGGUGAACAUAAAGAAACAUUUAUGGACAAUGAAAUAGAUGGCACUCAUUUACCAAAUCUACAAAAGGAAGAUCUGAUAGACCUUGGAGUGACUAGAGUUGGGCACAGAAUGAACAUAGAAAGAGCUUUGAAACAGCUGCUGGACAGAUAAGAAUAGCUAUUUUGCCUCACAACCUUCUGUUGAUAACUAGAGAUGGGCUGGUACUGAAAUACCCCAAAUGCCUUGUCUGUCUGCGAGUGCCAGCAAAAUUGGGGGGGAGGGGGAAAACAGUUUAAUUCCUGGUACUCAGGUAAUGCAGACUGUACGCGACAUGCCCAAACAUAAAUCUCAGUAUGAUACACGAGUGGGGCCAUUUUAUUUCAAAGUUCUGGGGAGAUGCGAGAGAGAGAGAGAGAGAAACUUGUUAACUUCAAAAAUAUUACCGCUUGAUAAUGCCCUUCUGCUGGAACCAUUACGUACCACUUUUCUUUCAAUUUAAAAUUGCAAGCAUUUCAUAUUUUUUUAUUGAAAAGCACCGUAUUCUCUCCUUGACAUUCAGUCUCCGAGCAGGCUUUCUUCCCCAACCCUUGGUUCAUUUUAAGAGGACAGAUUGCUUCGUUACCGUUCAAACCCCUUUUUAUUAGUAGCAGAGGUACAGUAUUAAGGCAGGUAGAGGAGUUCAUAUUACUGUUUUUUAUUAGUUUAGCGCUCUGAUUUGUUGGCAGUGAAGCUGGUUGUUCUGCUGGAAUUAGUUCAAAGGUAACCUUGCUCUGUUUUACCUGGUAUUUCUUUAUUUCUGCAGUUAUACUUAGCACUCUUCCAAGGUGACAGAACAAGUUCAAUACAUGCUCCAUUGGCUUGACCUGUAAGACGAUGCAGACGUUGCAUAAAAACCGAGGAGGAAUGCACACUUAGAGGUACAACAAAAUGAAGCUAGUUUGAACCUGAGACCCCCAGUUUUCAACCAGCUAAACUACUGCUAAGUCGCAAUAUGAACUCAACGAGCCAGUAAACAUUCGGGGUUAUGUACAGACGCAUCUUUUGGACUUCGCAGUCACAUACUCAAAUAUGCCGAACCCUGAGAGAUGCUGUUUAAUUCAGUGAGUGGUAAGUGCUUAGCUAUUUCGAACAUCAGGCCAAGAAGGAAGAAUAAGAUAGAUGAAUGUUCCCAUUGAAGUCAGUGGGAAGGUUGCCAGUAUUUCAAGUGAGAGAGGGAUUUCAGCCUGUUAGCAGAAAUGGCACUGUUUCAGCCAAACCAAACAAAACAAACAACUAAAAAGGUUAAAAAGGUAACGCCGAGAUGGAAGGAGGUGUAUGGUGUCUCGGGAUGCAUGUGUUCCAAGGGCCAGGAGAAGUGGGUAGCGAUCCAGUUUCUCAUUUGUCUCGCUAUGAACAGGCAGCGGCUCCUCGACCAGGAGAGCAGACCGAGCGCUGCGGGGGGAGCUGGACGCUGCCCGUCGGCCUCCGCUGAUUUCUUUGCACGGCCGUUAGCGAGGUCGCAGGGUCGGUGCGCGCGCCCUGCUGGAAACAGGCUGGGGCUGAGCACGGGCUGGGCCGGGGUAGUAGAGCUUGAGAGCUUUCCAGGAGACUUCAGUCAGCGGGGGGAAACACGCAGGUUCCGUUAAUCUGACCUUUUUUUUUCUUCCCUUUUUGGUUUUUGGUUUGGUUUUUUUUGAAAGUUAACAAAUCUCUCUCUGCAUGUUUGAACUCCCCUUGUAAUUAACACCUCUUAAUAUCUGUGAGUUUUGUAGGUCUUUAUUAACAUAAUAUUCAAGAUGUUCAAGGUGGGUAAAUUGUGUGUGGAUGGCUAGACUGCCUGCCUACCGUACGUUCAGGUUCCCUUCCAUUUUGCGAGGUACCUGAACUUUCUUUCCUUGAUAUGGUCCUUGACAUGGUCCAGCCUAUCUCUAAUUUUUUUAUUGUGAUUAUUUUUGCUCACGAACAAGUGUCUAAUUAGGUCUGCAACAGCCCUAGUAUGAGUACAUAAAGUUUAGCAUUUUAAAUAUCUUUCUUUACUGCAAGUUUAAAUAGUUGUACAGAUAGUUUAUAAGCACAAUAUUUUAAGAAAAUAAGUGGCUGGUCUACUGGGCAGCCUUUGUGCCACUUCAGUGCUAGAAAGUUAAAAACAAAAAAAAAAAAAAACUUUUGUGGUUUACUACUAUUUCUGUGGAAUAAUUAUAAAGUCUUGACCUUUUUAAAAUCAACCUCAUUUGGAUGCAUCUGAACCAGCAGAGCUGUGUUAUAUUUUCUAUCUUUGCUAGAACUUCUACAAAGGAGGAUGAAUAUUUCUUCAAAAGUGGUUAUAGUUACCAACGCAUUGGAUACUCGUAAAAAGCAACUUAUUUAGCCUCCUGCCCCCUUUACGGAACAACAAGUCUUUUGACUUAACAUCUGUUACUACGCUAUAUUUGUAUUUGAAAGUUCCAAGUAACCUUGUAAUAAAAAUCACGUACUAAGGCAUUUUACUUCCAAGAGUACUGAAUUUUUCCAUAGGUGGUGUAGAGAACGGCAGUUUCAUUCAGAUAGUCGAUACAGGCAACUUGAGGCCAUCAAAUACUUUACGAAGUGUAAAAAUGGUAAUUUAGCCAUCGUUGUCUUCCAUUUGGUGAUACGACAGAAUUCAGUAAAUAAACCACUAAUGCCAUGCUCUUUUUUUUAUUUCGUUGGGGACAGGUGAUAUUACCUCUAUCAUAUGUGCCAGAAAAUACAUUAGACAAUACGGUAGUAAAAGAAAAUGUAGAAGUUGACUUUUAAGCUGCUUUUUAAUCACAACCUUCUUGUCGAAUUUACGUUGAACAAGUGCUGACAUACACGGUAAAUUACAGUUGACGGUAAUCCCUUUCUUACACAGGUGUGUUUCUUGCUCGUGCAUCUUUUCAGGUACUGAAAGACUAGGUACAAUAGAAUUAGUAGAAAAGAGGUUUAACACAUUAAAGAGCUAACGAAAUAGUUUAUUUUUACAUUGUGUCUUACAAAGUAAAGGUAAGGAGACCUGAGAGGACCUGCUUUCACCAAUAAAAUGCACCUCUGCCAAGAUGAAUUGGUCUCUAGCUCUGUGACGUUUUUGCUACAGAAAGCAAUAGUAACAGAUACGACGUUGCCUCCGAGUAUUUUCGUCACUCUGGAAAUGUUGGGGGGAGGAGAGAAGACCCAUUUAUUUCAUGCUACUAUGAUAGUGGAAAACAAGUUGUUAGAGAUCUAUGAAAUACGUUAUGAUAUUCUGGGUUUUAGGAUCAACUUUUGUUUAUAUACUGUAAUUUAAAUAAAUUGCAUUUACAUGCCUAGUUUCUGUAAUAUUUGUGUAUACAAUACCAAAAUCUUACAAGAUGUAAAUUGUGUAUAACUGCACAGACGCUUUUCCCGAGGUGUCUGAGAACAUUUUAAGUUUAAUUCAUAUAUUAUAAAAUGACUAGAUGUGACUGUUGAUUUACAGAAUUUACAUAUCACAAAAGUUAAUUAUUUGUGGUACUUAAGUUAAUAAAAAUAGUGAUUUUUUUUUUCCUCCGUUCUUAAAAGCAUUACCCAGUUGAUCUGGCGAUGAUUAUGUGUAUGAGCCACAAAUAUUGAUGAUUUUUUCCAUUACAUUUUUUCUUUUCUUUUCUAGAUAUUAAUAUGUUUCUCGCUAUAGUUUGUGUAACGACUUGUGUUCACGUUAUCUAUGUUGCUGUAAUUUUUGUGCUUUAAUUCCUCUUAUUUUGACUGAUUAAAAAAAAAAAAAUCAAGCUCCUGUAACUUGCACUUUUCCCCAAUCCUUAAUACUCUUGUAUGGCAACCAAAAUUACUGUAAGAAAUAAAUAUAAUAUUGCACUAA